UCGUGUUUCGAAAUUGCACGGCGGAGAUUCGGAAAUGGAGAAAUAUCCCGAGACGAAAAAACGGAUCAAUAAGAUGCGCAAACAACUCGAGAAAUUUGAGGUGGAGAAUCCGGAACAGAGAAACCGGAUCACUAAGAUACGCAGGCAUCUCGAUAAACUGAUAAAUAAAUUGGAAGAAGAGGACGAAGAAAAAGAAGAGGAGGUUUUAGACGAGAUUUCUAACUCCUAUUGUAAACCCGAUGUGCAACCUACCCCCCUACGACGUCGUCUUUCCGAUAUGGUCCUCUAUGACCGACGAAAUUCCACUGCCAGCACUAAUCCCAAUAGAAUGCGACUACUAAAAAAUACUGCCAAACUAGCGAUUGGUUACUUCAACAAACAAAGUCCCAUCAGAUACUCUGUGCUGGAUUUGGUCAGAGCAACCCAACAUGUUUGCGCGGGUCGUUAUUUCCGUUUGACGUUUACCGCCAAGCCCGAGGGUUCUGAAGAAACCGAAACGUUCGAAGCAAAGGUUGUCUACCGAAUCGGUCAAACUGAUGUCGAUUUUGUCAAAAUUGUGGCCAUUUAGCUGCUAACAUGUAAUCCUUAGCUUGCGACAUUAUUAUUUUCUUAAGCUGCUGCUAUAUAUAUUUUUCAUGAUUUUAUUGGAGUAUUUUCUUGGUCUAUUUUUAGCAUAUUAGUUGUAUACAAAUCUCCUAUAUGUGAGGAGUAUUAGUAGCUAGUUUGUUUAGAGUUUGUUCAUCUACAGUCUUAUGAGAUCAUAAUGGAAUAAAAUCAAGCUUUCCUUAUUACUC